CUGUCCGUCACCACAAUACAUUAUUGUGCUCUAAAACUAGGUGUUUCAGUUUAAUUGUUCAACCCCUGUAUAUAUAUAUUUUUUUCUCUCUUUAUCCUGGUUAAUGUUCCUCUGUCAGCCUAUAGGGGUCAGUAUGGAGCCCUGCACUCAGCCCCACUCUAACCCAGAAGAAGCAGCUGGCCUUUAGUUAGUGAGCACGCUGGGGUCACAUGUGUGUAAGAGUGGAUAAGAGAGUGUGAAAGUGAGUGUGAGUGGGUGAAUCCUCCUGAUGUUAAUUUUAGCAGCAGCGGGGAUAAACAUGCGUGUGUCCGGUGUUGCGGGUCUGCGGUGCGGCGGCGUGACGGCAUGUGCGCGGCCCCGAGGUGCAGGGUACAUCGCCCCCUGUAGGUGACAGGAUGCCCGUGCAGGCAGCUCAGUGGACAGAGUUCCUGUCCUGCCCGAUCUGCUAUAAUGAAUUCGACGCCAGUAACCACAAGCCCAUCAGCCUGGGCUGCUCCCACACCGUCUGCAAGACCUGCCUGCACAAACUCCACCGCAAGGCCUGCCCCUUCGACCAGACCUCCAUCAGCACCGACAUCGACCUGCUGCCCGUCAACUGUGCCCUGCUGCUGCUUGUGGGAGCUCAGGUUCCUGAAGGUCAGAGUGUGUGUGUGGGCAGCUCUGAGGACACAGAGCAUUAUGAUGUGUGUAGAACGUGUGUGGAGGAGCUGGCUCUCUACCUCAAACCUAUUAGCGGAGGAAAAGGUGUGGUGAGUCUGAGUCCAAGCACGCUCAGUAGGCCGAUGCAGAGGAAGCUGGUGACGCUGGUGAACUGUCAGCUGGUGGAGGAGGAGGGCCGGACGCGGGCGGUGAGGGCGGCUCGGUCUCUAGGGGAGAGAACAGUCACCGAGCUCAUCCUGCAGCACCAGAACCCCACGCAGCUCUCCGCCAACCUGUGGGCUGCAGUCAGGGCUCGCGGCUGCCAGUUUCUUGGACCUGCAAUGCAGGAGGAUGCUCUGAAGCUGGUGCUGCUGGCGCUGGAGGACGGCUCCGCCCUCUCCCGGAAGGUUCUGGUUCUGUUCGUGGUUCAGAAGUUGGAAGCUCGCUUCCCACAAGCUUCCAAAACCAGCAUCGGCCACGUGGUUCAGCUCCUGUACCGUGCCUCCUGCUUUAAGGUAACGAAGCGUGAUGAAGACUCCUCUCUGAUGCAGCUGAAGGAGGAGUUCCGGACAUACGAGGCUUUGCGGCGUGAGCACGACGCUCAGAUUGUUCACAUUGCCAUGGAGGCGGGGCUUCGGAUCUCUCCAGAGCAGUGGUCCUCUCUGCUGUACGGAGACCUUGUCCACAAGUCCCACAUGCAGUCAAUCAUAGACAAGCUCCAGUCCCCAGAAUCCUUUGCGAAAAGUGUCCAGGAGCUGACCAUAGUCCUGCAGAGAACCGGUGAUCCAGCGAACCUCAACAGCUUACGGGCUCCCUUGGAGCUGCUGGCUGCUCUUGACCAUAACCCAGAUGCAGCCGCCCCCUCCUGGGAGGAGCUGGAGAAUGUGAUGUUGGGGGUGAAAGUUGUGGUCCACGGCCUGGUAGAAUUCAUCCAAAACUUCAGCAAAAAGAGUCACGAAGCAUUUCAGUCUCAGCCCAACAGCAAGUAUAAGACCAGCAUGUGCAGAGACCUCCGUCAGCAGGGCAGCUGCCCACGCGGUGCCAACUGCACCUUCGCCCACACCCAAGACGAGCUGGAGAAGUACAGGAUGAGGAAUAAGAAGGUGGUAGGAGGAGCGAGACCGUCUCCGGUGCCGCAGGUCUCUGUGUUGCUGAACUCCGGCUCGGUUAAUCCUUCGCUGUGCUCUGUGGACGGGGUUCCAGUGUGUCUCCAGAACCUGGAGUCUGAGGAACCCUGUUCAGAGGAGUCGUCUCCCACUCGCCUCGUCCCCAGAGGAGGAGAACCGGAGCACGAGGACGGGCUGCUGAACCGUCCCAAUGGGGCCAGCGGACUUCCUGCUGCCAGCCAAGACCAGAAAACUGCUUCUCCUCCAAAGACUCCAGCAAGUCCAAAUCAGACCCCGGUGGUUCUGGGGCCACAUCCUGCUGCAGCUCCUGCAGAGAGCGAGGCAGCUCCGCCCAAACGGGUCCAGUUCCCGCACAGAGCUCAUCCUGAAGUUUACUUCCCCGACCAGCGCAGCCCAUACGACCUGCCACCUUGCCCUGCUUCCAGUAAUUACUACUCUUCCAUGGUAAAUCCCCACAAAUCCUGCAUGACCCGCUUUUCUCGCUCAAGUCCUGCCUUUGACUCAUCGGCCCCGCCCCCUCUGGCUCCACCCUAUCUGGAACCGCCCCCUUCCAUCCCGUCCAGGGACCGAUUGGGCCCCAGCCACUUUCCUCCAGCGUACAGCCCCAUACACCACCCCCACCCUCACGCUCACGGGGUCUACGCCCCGGUUUACGACAGCCGGCGGGUCUGGAGGCCUCAGCUGUACCACCGGCAGGACGGCAGGAGUAACUCCCUCCCUCCUGAAGUCCUGCACUCCUCCAUCUACCAGCCUCCUCUCAGAGAGCGCUUCAACUCUCUUGACAGCCCGUACUGCAGCGCCGCCGACCGCAGAGCUGCACUGCACAGGGAAUCGUAUGGGCGUGCAGCGCUCGGCUGUGAGGAUUUCUACAGACUGAAACAGGAGCAGUGGACUCAUCAGCACAGCAACCACAACAGAGCACAGCCUUCACCUGUGUGCACUGUGGAUCUCUGCCCAGAGCAUGUGGAGAGCGGGGGGUGUGUGAGCUGUAAGUGUGGGGGUGGAGAGGUGUCCCGGUACACUCCCUGGUCCCGGGGCUCAGUCGGGCCCUUUGACUCGGAGCCGAUUGGCUCCGCCCACUCCUGUUCCCAACAUGCUGUAAGUCAUGAAGUGGAGGGAGCAGGAAAGCACUGGCUGCACAUUUUUGAGCCGUACCGGCGGGUGAAGGAGGAGGACCCCAUAAUCCCGUUUGGAGAGGGACCCAUUAUCUCUAAAUGGGGCGCUAUUUCCAGAGCUUCUCGCACCGAAUACCACACCACUGAACCGGUCCAGGCCACGGCGGCUCAGAGCAGAACCAGCACCACUCCCAUCAACUUCAGAGAUUAUGGCUCUCACAUGGAGCAGGGCGAGUGCCGAUGGGGUCCAUGCGGUUUUGACUCCAGCCGCUCCAGUUUCCUAGAAAGUGAGCGCAGGCGCAGCUCCUUCAGCAGCGCGGCUAAGAGAGGAGUGGAGCUGCUGGUGCGAGAUGGUACUGAGAGUGAACCGGACCGAGACAUCGAGCUGGAGCUUUCUGCUCUGGAUCUAGAGGAGCCAGAACCACCGGAGCACCAGCCAGAGGUAUCUCUGGAGGUCCGGUCUGGGACUCACCUUUCCAGUGUGUUCAGUGAUCCGGCAGCGAGCUCACAACCUAACCCGCAGUUACCUGACCACAUGCUGGACUCCCAUUUGUUGAAGAAAAUGGCUUUCAGGAAGUCGCUCUGCUCUGGGGGUCUAAAUGGUGGAAAUCUGGUAAUGAAAUCUAGCUCAGUGCGGCUCAGCGACCCUACGGGAGGCAGCCCAGGCCAGGAGAUGCUUCUUAACGGGAGAUGAGAGAACGUACAGAUCCCAUCUGGAUCAAAUCUUCAUGCCAAAAGGCCACUGUAAUCAUUAGAUCCUAAUUAUGUUUAUUCUUUUUAUUUUUUAUUUUAUUAUUUUUUUUCUUCAAAAAGAUAUUAACACACCAUCCGAAUGUCCUCCAGCAAACACAAUCUUUAUGUAUGUAUGUAUUAAGCUCACAUUUAGCCUAUAGAUGUUCAGGGAAAGAGCCUACCGUAUUUUUCGGACUAUAAGGCGCACUUAAAAACUUUUAAUUUUCACAAAAAUUGACAGUGCGUCUUAUAAUACGGUGCGCCUUUUGUAUGGAUUUUACUCGUCAGGUUGUAAGGAGCAGUAAACACACACUCCGUGCAGCGUUAGAGAGUUUCAGUGCUAUACAGAGUCCAGAGCCGUGCAGCUCCGAGGCUGAGCAGCAAUAGCAUUAGCUAGAUGCUAACCGCUAAGCUAGCUAGCUUAUUCACUGAGAUCAGUAUUAUCUAAAUUUUACUCGUCAGGUUGUAAGGAGCAGUAAACACACACUCCGUGCAGCGUUAUACAGAGUUUCAGUGCUAUACAGAGUC